AUGCCCAAGUUCCCCAGACUGAUGAUGGAGAGGCCGGGAUGGGACAUGGGAUGGGACAUGGGAUCCCUGAUACCGUCAGCGAUAGACUGCCUGUUACCUGACACCCUGACACAGGCCCGGACUGCUGACCGGGACGGAAUCCAGGCGGCUGGCAGCAACAACCAAAUGUCAAGGCCAAAUGUCAAGUGUGGGUGCAUCAUCAAUGCGGCCCCAUAAAGACGCCGUCCACUAGCUGGCAGGAACCCGCACACACACCAUCAGAUCAGGGAAAGCCAGCCCUUCAGCGCGAGCAGCCACCAGCGCCCUUACGCUUUGCCACUGGGAAUUGCCCGCAUAUCUGACCGAUGGUGGGGUCAUGUAUGCAUGGAAUCAAUCUGUCGGUUGGUUGGGUGAGCACUUGGCUGGCAGACGAGCGAGCAGUUGACAGCGCAGGCCUGUGCCUGUGCUUUCCAUCUGGAGGGAGUCGAGGCAACAGCUGGAGCCAACUGUUCGCCGGCCGAGUCAAGACCUUGGGCUGUCCACCGACCCCAAAGCACGCAAUCAAUUGCUGCGAACAAACUCCACCUGGCCACUUGCGUCGGGAUUUAUAUAUGAUAGGAAAUAAAUACCAAACGUUACGUAC